UUUUCUUUCUUUUACAAAACAACAUCCACAACACAACGCGUAACGUUGUGGAAGAAAGAUGGAAACGAGAGGGACUCUUCUUCUUGAUUGUUUUUGUUUCUCUUUCUUCUCUUUAAUUCGUUCAUCAAUCUCUCUCUCUUUUUGUUUUCUUCUUUUCUUAUUAUUACUACUACUACUAUUACUUGCUCUUCCCUAAUUAUUAUAAAUCUUUUUGAGGUUAUUAAUUAUUUAUUGUUCUUAUUCGUUCGCCAAAUCUCACCGCACAUCUCUUCCAAAAAAACUCUUUUCUUUGUUUUUCUUUUGUAUUUCUUCCCUAUCAAGUCUCAGACGAAUUCACAUUUCUAAAACGAUUCCAAAAAACCCAUCUCACCUUUUCCAUCUUAUUACUUCAAACCCUAGUUUCUUGUGUUUUGUAUCUUCGUUUCGAUUGUUAGGGUUUGAUCGAUUAUUCUCUGCUUGUAACAAUGGAGGAUGGUUCGGCGGAAGGAGAUAAGAAGAAGCCCCCUGAAGGAGGGGAGACAAGGACGAAGCGGAAAAUGAAGACUGCAUCUCAGUUAGAGCUUCUGGAGAAGACUUAUGCUGUGGAGACGUAUCCGUCGGAGGCUAUGCGGGCUGAGCUAUCGGUGAAGCUGGGCUUGACGGAUCGGCAGUUGCAGAUGUGGUUUUGUCACCGGAGAUUAAAGGAUAGGAAGCCCACGCCGGCGAAGCGGCAGAGGAAGGAUGCUCCGGUGGUGGCGGGAGACAAAAUGAUGGCUGAACCGGGGAAUGAGCCUGGGUCGGGAUCCGGGUCUGGGUCAAGUCCGUUUGGACAAGCUGAGGUUCGCAAGGUUGUUACUGCCCGUCCACAACCACCACCGCCACCUUCUCCUCCUCCUCCUCCCAAGGUGACUGCUGCUGAUAUACCAAUGAUGAAGAGGUAUUAUGAGCAUCCCCAGUCGAUAAUGGAGUUAAGAGCUAUUGCUGCUGUGGAGGCACAGUUGGGGGAACCAUUGAGGGAAGAUGGCCCAAUUCUUGGAAUGGAAUUUGAUCCCUUGCCACCUGAUGCAUUUGGUGCGCCUCUUGCGACAAUUGGUCAGCAGAAGCAAGCAGCACGGCUUUAUGAUAGCAAAUUAUAUGAACGACAUGAUUCUAAGUCAAUCAAAAUAUCCCCAAUCAUGCCCAAUAUGGAACAUUGUUUCGUACCUGGUUCAUCUAGUGGGAAAAGAAAGCUGACAACUGGAAAUGUCCAUGUGGUUCAUCCUCAGGUGGCUGCUGCAAGAGCUCUCCAGGAAUAUCAAUUUCUUCCUGAGCAGCCUAGUGUUAGAUCUGAUUCGUAUGAUAGAGUAACUUCAUCUCAUUUCUACGAUUCACCUGAUGGUCCUAGUGCCAGGACUUCGUCGUUUCCUGCUGCAGGGCCAUUUUUACAUGGAAAUGAACAGGUUUCAACAGGUUUCGGUUUCCAAGGUCAGAUGUCAAGUGUUAAUCUUUUAGGUCAACAGGGAAGGCAGGGGCACAUGUAUCCUUCAACUUCAGGAGAUUAUGACGGUGUUCCUCAUACAAACUCCUUUGCUAGCAUUGGGAUGGAUGCUCAGUUUGGUGCUCAUCCAAUGCUUGGAAUAGAAAACUCAUUUGUAUCAUCUGACAGGCGUGUUUCCCAUGAUGAUGAUGUUUCUCGGAUGGAAAGAAAACGCAAGAGUGAUGAGGCGAGAAUUGCGAGGGAAGUUGAAGCCCAUGAGAAACGGAUAAGGAAAGAACUGGAGAAACAAGAUGUGUUGAGGCGGAAGAGGGAAGAACAAAUGAGGAAAGAAAUGGAGAGGCAUGACCGUGAAAGACGGAAGGAAGAAGAGAGGUUGAUGCGUGAAAAGCAGAAAGAGGAGGAGAGAUUCCUCCGGGAGCAAAGGCGUGAAAACGAGCGAAGGGAGAAGUUUUUACAGAAAGAAACUUUGAGAGCUGAGAAGAUGAAGCAGAAAGAGGAACUUCGUAGAGAAAAGGAGGCUGCAAGACUAAAAGCUGCUAAUGAGCGAGCUACUGCUCGCAGAAUUGCUAAAGAAUCCAUGGAACUUAUUGAGGAUGAACGCUUGGAACUUAUGGAGCUAGCUGCUUCAAGUGAGGGGUUGCCCUCAAUCAUUUCUCUUGACAGUGAUACAUUACAAAACCUUGAUUUAUUCAGAGAUAUGUUGAGUACAUUUCCUCCCAAGUCUGUGCAAUUAAAAAGACCUUUUACCAUCCAACCUUGGACUGACUCGGACAAAAACGUGGGGAAUCUUCUCAUGGUUUGGAAGUUUUUAAUCACUUUUGCUGAUGUUCUAGGGCUUUGGCCUUUUACUCUUGAUGAGUUUGUUCAAGCUUUUCAUGACUACGAUCCAAGGUUGUUAGGGGAGAUACAUGUUGCUCUUCUAAGAUGCAUAAUAAAAGAUAUUGAAGAUGUUGCAAGGACACCCUCUAUUGGACUAGGAGCAAAUCAAAAUAAUGCUGCUAAUCUUGGAGGUGGGCACCCUCAGGUUGUUGAAGGGGCAUAUGCGUGGGGCUUUGAUAUACGUAGCUGGCAGCGUCAUUUGAAUCCGUUGACAUGGCCUGAAAUACUCCGGCAGUUUGCACUGUCUGCUGGAUUUGGGCCACAACUGAAGAAAAGUAUAGGAAGGGCAUUAUAUCGGGAUGACAACGAGGGUCAUGAUGGGGAAGAUAUAGUUUCUACCUUACGUAAUGGUGUGGCUGCUGAAAAUGCACUUGCUAUAAUGCAAGAAAAGGGUUUCUCUCAUCCACGUAGAUCCAGGCAUCGGUUGACACCAGGAACGGUUAAAUUUGCAGCAUUUCAUGUUCUUUCUCUUGAGGGAAUUAAGGGCCUCACAAUAUUAGAAGUUGCAGAUAAGAUUCAGAAAUCUGGACUUCGUGACCUUACAACAAGCAAGACACCGGAGGCAUCUAUUGCUGCUGCAUUGUCGAGGGAUAUAAAACUUUUUGAGAGAACGGCUCCAUCUACUUAUUGUGUACGGGCUCCUUUUAGGAAGGACCCUGCUGAUGCGGAUGCUAUACUAUCUGCUGCCCGCGAAAAAAUACAGAUAUUUCAAAGUGGGUAUUCAGAUUCUGAAGACGCUGAAAAGGAUGGAGAGGACGCUGAUGAUGCUGAAAGAGAUGAAGAUUCCGAAUGUGAUGUUGCUGAGGAUCCUGAAGUUGAUGAUGUAGGAAUUUCAUCUAGUCUAAAUAAAGAGGGUCUGCAUUCAAAUGAUGCAACAGAUACUAAAGCAAUUUCUUCCUUUGGAAAUGAAAAAGAGACUCUUGGCAACGAGGCUGGGGAAACUUCACAAAGUGGCUUUGCAAAUUCUGGGAUAAGUUUCUCUUCAUUUCUACCCGAAAAAUCCAAGGAAAUGAAUGGUUCUGGUGCUGCCAUUGAUCAGUCAAUCAAUGUCACUGGAACCUCCAAUGAGGCAGUUAAUCUUGAUCAAGAAGAGACGGAGAUUGAUGAAAGCAAUUCGGGUGAACCGUGGGUUGAAGGACUGACGGAAGGGGAUUACUCUAAUCUCCGUGUUGAUGAGCGUCUGGAUGCACUUGUUUCCCUAGUUGGUGUGGCUAUUGAAGGAAAUUCAAUUCGUGUUGUUCUUGAGGAACGCUUGGAAGCGGCAAAUGCUCUUAAGAAGCAGAUCUGGGCAGAGGCACAACUUGAUAAAAAGCGCAUGAAAGAAGAAUACAUAACAAAAUUACAGAAUUCGUCUUAUACGGGUAUCAAGGCUGAGCCAAAUGCAACUAGUUCUGCUGCAGAGGGAAGUCAAAGCCCAUUGCCUGGAGUUGAUAACAAAAAAAGUGAGGCUUCAGAGAAGUUGGAACCAUUUCUUGAUCUACAAAAUGGUCAAAAUUAUCUUAAUAACGUUCCUAGUGAAAGGACCAUGGUAGGGCAAGAGUUCUCUGUGGGCCCUGAUAAUCUCGCUCAUCAACAAUGUGGCUAUGCCACGGAAAAGUCACGCUCUCAGUUAAAAGCUUCUAUUGGUCACAAAGCAGAAGAGAUGUAUGUAUACAGGUCUUUGCCUCUUGGUCAAGAUCGCAGGCGUAACCGAUACUGGCUGUUUGUUACAUCAGCUUCUAGAAAUGAUCCAGGUUCUGGCAGGAUAUUCUUUGAAUCCCAUGAUGGCUGCUGGAGGCUUAUUGAUUCAGAAGAGGCAUAUGAUGCUCUUUUGGCUUCUUUGGAUACCCGGGGGUUUAGGGAAUCCCAUCUGCAUUCUAUGUUGCAAAAGAUUGAGAUAUCCUUCAGGGAAACUGUUAGAAAGAACCUGUGUCAGACCAGAAAUCCAGAGGGAAUUACUGUUAAAGCAGAAUCUGAUGAAAUGGCUUCCAGUCAAGAUUAUACGGCAGAUAGGACUGAUAGCUCUAACAGUACGGUUUGCGGAUCUACUGCUGAUACAUUAGAGCAGGCAUUGUCUUUUAAAAUUGAGUUUGGGAGGAGUGAAGCUGAGAAAGCUAAUAUCUGUAAGAGAUAUCUAGAUUUCGAGAAGUGGACGUGGAAGGAAUGCUUUAAUCCCCAUGUAUUAUGUGCUAUGAAAUAUGGGAAGAAAAGAUCCUCAGAGCUGCUUGUCAUUUGUGAUGUCUGCUAUGAUACCUACUCUUCUGAAGAUAACCACUGUUCUUGCUGUCAUGCUUCUUUCAGUGCCCUUGAUGAUUACAGUUUUUCUGAACAUGUGGUUCAAUGUGAAGAGAAACAGAAAGUGGACCCUAAGUGGACUUUCCAUGGUUCUGAUGCUUCUCUUCCCAUGAGGUUCAGAUUGCUCAAGGCAAUGCUUGCAGUAAUUGAGGUUUCUAUUCCAUCUGAAGCCCUUCAACCUUUCUGGACUGACACAUAUCGAAAAUCAUGGGGGGUGAAGUUGCAGACUUCAUCAUCAGCGGAGGAACUUCUCCAGAUACUGACUUUGUUGGAGAGUGCCAUUAAACCAGACUGCCUCUCAUCUAAUUUUGAGACAACAAAGGAAUUAUUAGCUUCUUCCACAUCUGCAGUGUGUACUAUAGAUGAUUUCUUGUCGGUUCAUGGAUCGGUUGUGGUACUUCCAUGGUUACCACGAACAACUGCUGCUGUGGCAUUAAGGCUUAUGUAUAUUGAUUCAUCCAUCUCUUACAUAAUGAACCAGAAACCGGAGUCUCAGAAAGACAGAGAAGCUGGAGAAUUCUUUAAACUACCAUCAAGAUAUACUGUUGUCAAAAAUAUCCGAGAGGUUGAAUCAGCAGAAAUUUCAGAGCAAGCUGAAUAUCUACAAGAGAGGUGGGUUGAUACUGCCAGUGCACGUAUGAGCUCUGGACGAGGACGUGGAGGCCGAGGGCGAGGACGAGGUGGAAGGAUGCAGAGAAGUGGUGGCAGUUUAAGGUCCGACUCUGCUAAAGAAAACGUGGGGAGUAGUGAAAAGACAGUUCGAGGAUUGAGAAGGAAGAGCCGAACUCGGGGACGCGGGUGUAAGCGUGGUCGUCGUACAGUCAGGAGUAGGCCAAGAACGGAGAAGAGGGUGAUUGAGAAGCAGACACUAUUGAGUCAGUUCAAUGAAACGUGCAGCCCCGGAAAUGACAGAGAUGAGCAAUCACCCAGAAGCUCUGGAGGUGACGAAUGGGAUGUUGAAGAAGCUAGGACAAUCCAAGUAGAGGGAGCACAAAACAGCAACAGUGUAGAGGCAUCAGAAUCUGAGGACAAUGCUCAGGUUUCUGGGGAUGAGUACGAUGAGCAGGGGCAAUACUAUGGAAAUUUAUUCUGUCGGAAGCCUGAGGACCAAAUGGAGGAGAGUGAAGAGGACGUGGAUGGGGACGAUGGUGAUGGUGAUGGUGAUGGUGAUGGUGACGAAGAGGGAGAUGGAGAUGGAGAGAUGGAUGGAGAUGAAGAGGAAGAGCUGUAUGGGGAUGAAGAGGGUGAGAUGGAUGGUGAUGGACAUGGGGAUGGGUAUGGGGAUGAAGAGGGUGAGAUGGAUGGGGAUGGGGAUGGGGAUGGGGAUGGGGAUGGGGAUGGGGAUGGGGAUGAAGAGGAAAAUGGAGGCGAGGAUCUGGAAGAGCAUGGGGAUGAAGAUGAUGACACCGGGUCAACUUCUUCAGAUUAUAGUGAAUAAGAGUUCUCUUUUAAGUAUGUUAUGUAGAGAUAGAUUACAUUCUUUUUAUUUACACAUUGUAGUGUCCUGUAGUUGAAAGUUUCAGUAUACCAUUUCCAAUAAAAGAAAAAUAUGGAGAGAAAGAAAUAAAUGAAAUUAAUGAAAUUGCGCAUCUUGCAGACA